UAAGCUAUUGCAAUUUCAAAUUCUUCUAGUUAGGUUUUUUUUUUUGGGUUUUCUGAAUCUCACACCACUCCGUAGUAAUGAAUCCGAUUCCUUUUCAAUCUGUAGCACGGCCUCCUCCGCCGCCGCCUUGGUUUCCGGUAUUACCGUCGGAACCACCGAAUUCGACUUCCUUUUGGGAGAACAGAAAUGUCAGCGAUCGCCUCAGGGAAUUGCAACACACUCUCAAUCUCGCAAAGGCAAUGCAGAAGGAGCUAGAAAUGUUGAUGAUGAUAAAAGAUGGUAAUGGGGCUCUAGAAGGUGUGAAACUUGUCACAGAUGAACCUUGCCUUUCUGGUUUUCUAAAAUGUAUAGAAGACGGAGGGGUUAGUGUAGAAUCCCAUGAAUCAUUUGCUGUGGAAGCAGCAAAUUCUUUGAUGUCAAAGCUAAGAGCUCAGCUGGAGCCUUUCCGGUAUGUUGCUGAUGAGGCAAGUCCAUGGGAGGAGAAAUCAGCUGUGGCUAGGCUUGCAAAUAAAGUAAACAAGUCUAAACGGAAUAAACUAUGGAGGAAGAAAAAGAGGAAACGUGUUGCGGAGAUGAUUGCAAAGGAGCGUGAGCAAUUUCAACAAAUCGACAGGGAAGCCGAUGAUUGGGUUGCUAGGGAAAAGGCCAAGGAAAUUGCUAACAGCAAGGUAUUGAAGAUGAAAGAAAUUGCGAAGUCUAAGGCCAAAGAAGAGAAGAAGAAACUAGAGGCUGAGCUUGAGCUACUCUUGGUAGUGGAGAAGCUUCAGGAGUUACGCUCCAUAAGAAUACAAAGGUUGAAAAAACAAGGCCAUUUUCUCCCAGAGGAGGAUGACAAGUUUCUUGAGAGAGUUCAAGCUGCAGUGAAAGUAGAGGAGCGUGAAGCUUUGGCUGCAGUUGAAGCAGAUGCUGCUAAAGAAGCAAUUGCAACUGCUGAGGAAUCCAGGAAAGCUAUUCAGAAUCAAGGGAAACUGUCAAAAGAAGGCAAUGAUGAUAGUGAAGUAAAGGAGAACAAAGAGCAAAUAGUUCCCAGUGUGACUGAAGACGGAUCUGGUCCAUUGGAUGAGAAUAAAUCCAGUAAAAUAGAACAGAUCAGUGGAGGAGCAUAUGAUCCUUUGGCAAAUUUACCCAUUGAGUUCUACCAUUAUUAUCAUGGAAGCAACAAUGAUAUGGGUACACUUAUUGAGGUUAGAAGAGGAUGGGAUGCCUAUAUCAGACCUGGUGGAAGCCGCAUACCUGGGCACUGGGUUCAGCCUCCUCCACCAGCUAAUGAGAUAUGGGCAUCUUACUUGGUGGGGCCUAGAUGAUUAGUUAACAAAUCAACAGUUUUGUACAAAGAUGUUAUCCCGUCAUAUGAUGACUCUUAAUUGUCAGUUACAGUGUAGAGUAGACUUUUCAACUCUAGUGGAAGUUCAAAUCCUUGGUGCUUGUGUUAGAAAAGUACUUCAUCAACUGCUGAGUGUUGUGGACAUGAAAGACAGCACGAUGAAGUUGAGAUCCACCCUGGAAGAACAGAAGUCCAUCAUUGAAAUAGUAGAACCAGUGACUGAGUAGAUAGAUUAUCUUAACUAUCGAUUGUGUUUGAUAAACAAAUGGCAGAAAAAACCUCAAAAGGUGUUGCUUCGGGUGGCUUGUAUAUAAAUUUUUACUGGCAACUCUAAUCAUCCUAUGAAAUGGCACAUGCAUUAGAUAUAAAGUGAAACAUUCAAGUGUUUUGAAUGUGAGAAUAUGCAGCAGUAGGCCCAUCUGCACUAAUGUGAGAGGACAUGGAACUCUAUAGAAAGUUGCAUCAGAAAAACAUCAAUCAAAUAGUUUAUUUUAUUUUAUUUUAUUUAUUUGCAUUGCAAUACUGAAGGGACGGAGGUAAAAAACCAAAUAUGGGGGUCUGUAUGUUGAGGAAGGAUAUUGU